AAUAGUAAACCAACGAAACCUUUCCUCAUAGAUAGAUAUCCAUGUGCAAUGUGAGGUAUUUAUUUGAUCGAAAUAGGCAUCGUUAGAGUUACUGCCGUAGACUGCAGUUUUACAUUUAGUGUCGCCGGUUUCAAACAUUUUUUAAGCUAAUUUUCGCAGGGUGUUUGUGGAAAUGAAAGGUGGGAAAUGGAAGCAAAACAGCAAGAAGAAAAAAGGGAACGAGGUUUUACAGAAAUACAUGAAUGCGGUCGACGAGUUUGUAAAAGGUAAAAGUGAUCAGGAUGGAGCAGACGGAGGACAGGGGCUGCGAUCCGUGAAAACCAAAAGCAGAAAGGAGCUACGCAAAGAAAAGAGAAGGCUUAAAAAAGCCAAGAUGAAAAGUCACUAUGAAGGGAAAAAAUUCGACAGUUUUGCCUCAGAUCAUGUAGGAAAAGCGGCGGUUGGAUCUGGUAAUGAUUCCCAGGGUCAGAAGAAGAAAGCUGAUAAACCCAAAAGGGACGUCACAAAAACACCUGCAAACAAAAACAUGGGGCUUCCUGCAGAGAAAUCCGCCUCUUCUGGGUCCAAGUCCUCCAAGAAAACCAACAAGCUUAAAGAAACUAGAAAAAUGGCUCUGCUGGAGGCAAAUGAGCAAGAGGACAGGGAGAUAAAAAAGCUGGAGCGAUACCUUGGAUUAAACAAAAGGAAAAACAAGAAAAGUCUCCCUCAGUCAUUUGUGAGCGAUGGACUAGAUUACAUCCUUGGAGUGCUGGACUCCAGCUCAUCAGGAGCAGGGAUGUAUGAUGAAGACUGUGAUGCUGAUGAGGACAUGGAGGCUGCUAAGGACAACUUUGAAAAGCUGGGUGAGGAAUCUGUGUCAGAAGAAGAGGUGGAAGCUGAGGAUGAGAUGGAGAGUGAAGGAAGUGAGGGUGCUGAAGACGAGGAGAUUGGGAGUGAAGAAGAUGUUGAUGACAACGAUGAUGAUGAUGAUGAUGAUGAUGAUGAUGAUGAUGAUGAUGAUGAUGAAAUGAACAAAACUGAUGCUGGUGCUGAUUCCGGAGCUGAUAGUGAAACCGAGGAGGCAAACCCCAAACCUGACUCAACAUCACAAGCUGGCACCUCAAGGGAGAACAAGUAUGUCCCACCUCAGCUGCGAAACACUGGAGAUGAUAAACGCAAAGCUGAGCUGGAGAAGCUGAAGAGGAAAGUCAAAGGCCUGUUGAAUAGGCUGAGCGAGCCCAGCAUGGCCUAUAUCAGCAGUCAGCUGGAGGAGCUGUACAUGAGCUGCAGCAGGAAGGACAUGAACGACACCCUGACUGACGUGCUGCUCGCAGCCUGCGUCACACCUACCCUGAUGCCCGACAGGCUGCUGAUGGAGCACGUGCUGCUGGUCAGCAUCCUUCAUCAUGCUGUGGGACUGGAGGUAGGAGCCCAUUUCCUUGAGACAGUUGUGCAUAGGUUUGACGAGGUCUACAAGAGCUCCAGCGAGGACAAAGAGUGUGACAACCUCGUCGCCAUCGUCGCCCACCUCUAUAACUUCCAGGUGGUGCAUUCUGUCCUCAUAUUUGACCUUCUGAAGCUACUGGUGGGAGCGUUCACAGAGAAGGACAUCGAGUUAGUCCUGUUUGUGCUGAAGAACGUCGGCUUUGCCCUGAGGAAAGACGAUGCUCUCGCUCUCAAAGAGCUCAUCUCCGAAGCUCAGCGAAAGGCUAAUGAGAUGGGAGCAAAGUUCAAGGAUCAAACCAGGGUGCGAUUCAUGCUGGAAACUAUGCUGGCUUUGAAGAACAAUGAUAUGAGGAAGAUACCGGGCUAUGAUCCUGAGCCUGUAGAGAGACUGAGGAAGCUGCAGAGAACUCUGAUCCACAGCAGUGCUGGUGGCAGUGAUCUGAAGCUGAGGGUGUCUCUGGAAAACAUCCUGAAUGCAGAGCAGGUGGGCCGUUGGUGGAUUGUAGGUUCGUCGUGGAGCGGAGCGCCAAUGAUCAGCAAACAGGCUGACACACCAUCCCAGCAGAGCUCUGCUGAAGGACAGGUAGAGAAGAGUAUGACUGAAAUAUAUGCUGUUUCCUCUACAUUCACCACCAAUAUCUUGGAAAGAAUUGGUCUAAAGGACAAGCAGGAGAGAGAGAUCGUCCACGUUCUGAUGGACUGCUGUCUGCAGGAGAAAUCCUUUAACGCAUUCUAUGCUGUACUUGGAGAGAAGUUCUGCUCCCAAGAUCGACGCUUCCAGAUGACAUUCCAGUUCUCCUUAUGGGACAAGUUCAAAGAGUUGUCUAACCUUCCCAGUGGUGCAUUUACCAAUCUGGUCCAGUUGGUGUCUCACUUCCUUCAGAGGAAAUGCCUCCCCCUCUCCAUCCUCAAGGUUAUAGAGUUUGGGGAGUUGGAUAAGCCCACGGUGCGCUUUUUACGUCAGGUGCUGAUUAAGCUGCUAAAAGAAACCGAGCCUGAGGAGAUAGCCAGCAUAUUUGGGAGGAUUUCAGGGAUUCCUAAGCUGGGGAUGCUGCGAGAGGGAUUGAAGCUUUUCAUCAGUCACUUCCUGCUAAAGAACUCCCAGUCUCAGGGGUCCGCUGAGCAUUUGGCACUUCUGCAGGAGCGCGCCCAGGUCGCCACCAAAGCAAUGGAGGCCAAAGAUGCCAAGCUCAAACUGUAAAACAGAUCCAGAGGGCGUCCAGCCUUCUGAGGCAGGAACUAAUCCUCAGAGAAGGACAUAAAGACACAGUAGCUGUAAACAUGAAGGUGUGGUUUUGGCAAGCAGGUCUGAUGUCCACUUUUGGGGUCCUGCUACAGCAAACUAAAAAUAUUUUGCAAUCUUUGAUUUACCGGUAAUAAAAAAAAAAAAAAAAGUUUAAUAUCUUUGUAUAUUUGCCUAUAAACAUGACAAUAUCUCUUUAUUCU